UCAGUCUCCGCCCACGGAGAAGAGGGAAACCGUAUUCCGUCAUGACUCUCAAUUAUUGGUGGAAAUGAUCUGUCCAUCAGAACAACAGCGGUCACGGAUUAGCUAAAAAGCAGCAGGAGGUGGGAAAACCGGUGUAGGGGCGUCCACGCAUGCUCAGUGUGGGCGCAGUGACGCGACCCCGGGGGCAAUCAUGGCGGCUCGGUGUGUGAGGCUGGCGCGGCGCAGCCUCCCGGCUUUGGCGCUGUCCUUCAGGCCUUCUCCUCGCUUGUUGUGCACAGCCACAAAACAGAAGAACAAUGGCCAGAACCUGGAAGAGGACUUGGGUCAUUGUGAGCCAAAGACAGAUCCACCCUCUGCAGACAAGCCCCUCCUGGAAGAGAAGGUGAAGCUGGAAGAGCAGCUGAGGGAGACCAUGGAAAAAUACAAACGUGCUUUGGCAGAUACUGAGAAUCUACGGCAGAGAAGCCAGAAGCUGGUGGAGGAGGCCAAGUUAUAUGGCAUCCAGGGUUUCUGCAAGGACUUGCUGGAGGUUGCAGACAUCCUGGAGAAGGCAACCCAGAGUGUUCCAAAGGAGGAGAUCAGCAACAACAACCCUCACCUGAAGAGUCUUUAUGAAGGGCUUGUGAUGACUGAAGUCCAGAUUCAGAAAGUGUUCACAAAACACGGCUUGCUCAGGCUUGACCCAAUUGGAGCCAAGUUCGACCCUUAUGAACAUGAGGCCUUGUUCCACACCCCUGUGGAGGGGAAAGAACCAGGCACCGUGGCACUAGUUAGUAAGGUGGGCUACAAGCUGCAUGGACGUACCCUGAGGCCAGCUUUGGUGGGGGUGGUGAAGGACGCCUAGCUCCCUCCCUCCAGGCCCUGGACUUUGUAGGUCACUUGCUAGAACUUGAAGGGCAGGCUUGUAAUUUCUCAUCUGUGAAUAUAUUUGACCCUUGCCCAGCCUUGUUGGAAAUCCUAAGUAAGCUAAGCAGAACAUGAAGCUGCUUGCACAUUGUCAGGGACUCUAGGAGUCUGGUCACUGAGUUUAGCAUUACCUACUUCAGUAGAGGGCCAGCGGAGCCUCAGGAGUAGUGUGCUAAACAUUAUAUCUGUUCCACCUGGUGAUUAAGUACUUUACUUAAAUAAAAGGUCUUUGGCUACA